AUGACUCAUCACAGUGGUCAUCCCAACCCUAAAAACAACAACAAUAACAACAACAGUAAAACCAUACGAUUUCUCUCGUCAUCGACGAACCAUCAUCAUCCAACUCAUUCAACCACUUUGGGUAACGAAGGUGGUGGUUCUUCAGCGUUGUCACAACGGAAUUCUCACAACAACAUCCAAACAACAACCACAACAACAAAUUCUUCUCAAUCACAACCAAUAACCACAUCCCUAUCAUCUCCAUCAUCGCCAUCAUCAUUCAAUUCGGUCUCCCAUUCAACAAGUUGUAAAAACUCAAAAAACACCAUGUUGUCUCCAAGUAAUAAUAAUAAUAAUUUGAAUAAUAAUUUGAAUAUUAAUUUGAAUAAUAAUAAUAACAAUUCAAAUGUGGUAACAAGAACAGCAUCAUCACCAACAUCCUCGUCUACAUCGAUGGGAGUGAGUACUCGAAAAUUCUCUCUAAAUCGAGAAGUUUUUAUCAACAACAACAAUAAUUCUUCUUCUUUGACAAAUUCAAGUGUUAGUUCUGCCUUGACCACCAAUUCACAACCACAGCCAUCCAUUCCGUCCAAUCAUUCACAAAACAACAAUACAUUUUCUUGGAAUUUUGCAGAUCGAAGACCAAAUUCAUCCUCAGGAGACUCUCCUUCGACCAACCACACGACCAACACCACGACUUCCAAUAACAACUCAAUUUUGUAUUUAAAUUUGGACGAAAACAUUUCAUCUUCCUCGAUGAACGAGCAUCAGAGACCUAUUAAUCAUCAACGAAAUCGAAACAAGGGGAGUGGAGGAAUUUCUGAAUAUUCUUUUACAGUCGAUGAUUUGUUACAGACCUCUCCGACUAUUCAUUGUUGUCAUCAUCAUUCACAUAGUAAUAGUUUUGGAAGUAGCAGUGGUGGAAACCAUGCUGGAGGAGGAGCAUCGACGAUUACAGUGGUGGGUGUUUCAUCAUCUUUGGCUCACACUUCCAAUUCGUCAUCUUCUGGUGAUAGUCAAAAUAUUUUGACAAAUGACAUGGAAGCACCCUUGACAGAAUUUAUUAAUUUAGACUUGACUUCGAUAUUACCACAUCAGAAAUUACUUCGAUUCUUCCUUCGAAAUAAUCAAAGUUAUUUUACCAAUGCGUCACAAAUGGGCAAACAUAGUCCUGUCAUUGCUCAAGAAAUGUCCUUGCAACAACACGAUUUAUUUGGAAAUUUGAAUGUUGGAGGUGACUAUUAUUCUGACAUUUCCAUUCGAUUUGUUCCAUCAGGAAGAGAAAUUCAUGCUCACAAAUUCAUGUUAUCCAUGUAUAGCCCUGUUCUUGCUGCCAUGUUUAAUUCACAAUGGAAAGAUUCACAACAAAAUGUUAUUGAAAUUGUGACAGAAUUAUCAGGUCUGUCCAACGAACAUGGAUCUUCCUAUGAGGAUAUUGAUGACGAGCAAUUAUUUGUUGAAAUGAUUCUAUGCAUGUAUAGUGGACAAGUGUAUCAAAUUGAGCAACAUUUGGUUGUUCCUUUAUUAGAAAUUUCAGACAAGUAUCAAUUCACAGAAUUGUGUCGAGCAUGUGAAGAGUAUUUAAGAGUCCAUUUGAAUGAACAUAAUUGCAUUUCAUUGCUCUACUUGUCAGGAGGAAGUGGAAUUGGCACCACAACGAGCACUUCACCCAAUACGAAUGCAAACAUGAAUACGAUUGGAACUCGAGAUGAUGUGAAUAACAACUCGAAGGUACUUGUCAACAAUCAUUCGUCAUCAUCAUCCACAUUGACGAGUGAAAACAAUUCACAACAAAACAUGAAUUCAAACAAUUCUACAUUUGGCACAAUUAAUAACAGUGCCAAUAUUUACCACACAAAGAAAGUGAACUCGAUUGGAAAAUUUGAGAGACUCAGAGAACGAGCUCUCACCUACAUUGACACUCAUUUUGAAAAAGUUUCAAAAACAAAAUCUUUUUUAUUCCUCGACUUGGAAACACUCGUUUUCCUCUUAGGAAGGGGAGAACUACGUGUGGAUAGUGAGGAUAUUAUUUUGGAUGCCAUUUUAAGAUGGUGUGAAGGAGAUUUAGAGCAGAGAAGAGAAUUUUUAUUUACCACUUUAUUGGAACAAGUUCGAUUGUAUCACUUGUCACCCAAUCGAUUGGCUCAUCUCGGAGAAGUUUUGGAAAAAUUUACAAACCCAAGACCUACCAGUCACAGCAGCAAUGUCACUAUCACGAUUGAUCAAUCUUCAAGUGACGAUACACAACAUGAAAUUGGUUCAUCAUCGACUCAUCACUCAACCGUUGAUCCAACCAUCAUGAAUUGGAUGAAUCGUAUCAUUAAUGCCAUGUCCUUUCAAUUGUCACAAUCGUUGGGAUUUCAAUUAUCUACAAAAAUGCAACAAAAAAUUGCCAUCGAAUCUCCACCAAGAAAGAGAGCUACUCAGGACAUUACCCGAAUUUCGUCGCUCCUCUCUCAGGAACAAUUUUUACAAAUUCUCGAAUGGAUUAAUGAACAAGGAAAACUUGGACUCGUCAAAGACCUCUCCGAACGAGAAUGGCUUGUUUUAUAUAGAGGUUCUAAAGACGGUUUCAAUGGAAAAUCAUUUCAUCAAAAAUGUGAUGGAAAAGGUCCAACGUUUACCGUGAUUAAAACAGAUAAGGGAUUCAUGUUUGGUGGAUUUACAAGCAAAAGUUGGCACAGUGGAAAUACUGACGAGAGUGACGAGAGUGCAUUCUUGUUCUCGCUUUAUAAUCCAUAUUUGAAUAACAAGAUGACUCGAUUUAAGAUUAAGAGUGGAAUGAGCGCAGCUAUUGGAUGCUAUGCAAAUUUUGGAGUCAUAUUUGGAGGUGGACGAGAUUUAAUUAUUUAUGGGGAUUGUAAUAUUAAUAAUUCGAGUCAUUGUGAAUUCUUUGGACAUACCUACCAAUUACCCAAUCUAUCUGGAGUGUAUUAUGGAUCUUUGAAGAGUAAGACCUUUUUCAAUGGAACUGAACAAUUUAGAGUGAGUGACAUUGAAGUGUUUGGACUUGUACCAAGUAAUAAGGACUCGAGAAAGAAAUAA